UUUUGCUAGGGUGACAGCGGUGGUUAUCAAGGAGAGUAACAAGCGUAGUAGCGGCUGGCCAAAGCUGGAAUGAGAGCCCUUCAGAAGGAAGCUGUCUAAUCACCACCAUUGACUCGAUCGAACGGAUAUAAUGCUGCUGCAGUUGUUGCUUCGCUGUACCGUCACUUAGCAUAAUCCAAAAUUCUAUUUUGUUAGCUUGAGAGAGAGAGAGGAGUGAGAGAGGAGCGGAGAUGAUAAAAGCUGUGAUGGUGAUGAACACUCAAGGCAAGCCUCGACUGGCAAAAUUUUACGAAUAUCUGCCAGUGGAGAAGCAGCAGGAGCUUAUACGCCGCGUUUUUGCUGUCUUGUGCGGUAGAGCUGAGAACGUAAGCAAUUUCAUAGAGGCGGAAUCAAUUUUUGGUCCGGAUAGUCGCCUUGUGUACAAGCAUUUUGCUACUCUUUACUUUGUCUUUGUAUUUGAUAGUUCUGAAAAUGAGCUAGCCGUGCUUGACUUGAUACAAGUUUUUGUGGAAACGUUGGACAAAUGCUUCAAGAAUGUUUGUGAGCUUGACAUCGUGUUCAAUUACAGCAAGGAGAUGACAUUGUUGGAAAAUAUUUUUUGGAUACACACAAUCCUGGAUGAGAUCAUUUUUGGAGGUCAAGUGCUAGAAACAAGUUCAGCAGAAGUUAUGAAGGCAGUUGAAGAGAUAUCUAAGUUAGAAGCUGCCUCAAAUGCUAUCACACUCAUUCCGAAGUCUGCGUCUGGUUGGCGAAGUAGGUAGUUCCACAUUCGAAUGCUGUUAAAAUCGGUCCUCGAAUUAUUUCUUGUCAUCGUUAGUUGAUAACUUAUGAUUUUAACCAACUCUGUGGUCAAGGGUUUUACAUGGUGAAAGCUUAAAAGCUUUGAGUGAAGAGAUUUAAUUUUCAUAUUGGUCCACAUAAUCAAAAGUGUAGAGGUAUUGUUGUAUAUUUCAUUAGUUAAUUUUUCUCUGCUUA